ACGAGAGCGACAGUCUCCACUCUUCACAACAACACAGCAGAGGCUGAAACAUGGUGGAUGUGGGAGAAGACGAGCUGAAACAGCUUGAGUAUCUGUCUCUAGUGUCUAAAGUCUGUACUGAGCUCGAUAACCACUUGGGGAUCAGCGACAAAGACCUGGCUGAGUUUGUCAUCAGUCUUGCAGAGAAAAACCCAACAUUUGAUGGCUUCAAAUCAGUGCUGCUCAAAAAUGGAGCUGAGUUUACGGACUCGCUCAUCAGCAAUCUGCUUCGUCUCAUUCAAACCAUGCGACCACCACCUGAACCAUCCACAAGUAAAGGUGAGCCGGUUGUCAAGCCAAAGAGUGAGAAAGACAAGUUAAAGGAGCUGUUUCCAGCCCUCUGCAGACCAGACAAUCCCACCACCAGGACCAUGCUGGAUGAAGAUGAUGUGAAGGUUGCAGCCGAUGCAAUGAAAGAGUUGGAGAUGUUUAUGCCCAGUGCUUGUGGACCAGACACAAAGAGCAGCAAACACAGAUCUGAAGGUGCCAGCAGCAGCAAGAAAAGUCGCAGAAGCCGCAGUCGGAGCAGAGAUCGAGACAGAGAAAGAGACAGAGAUCGAGACAGGGACCGGGAUAGAGACAGGGACAGGAGGAGACGUCACCGCUCACGUUCACGCUCCCGCUCUAGAUCUCGUUCUCCAGUUAAGGAGAGAAGACGCAAGACCCGCUGGCAUUCCCGCAGUCGGUCCAGGAGUCCUGGCCGAGGAGAUCGUGGAGAAAGAGGAGAACGAGGGGAUAAAGGAGAUAGAGAACGAGGGGAUAGAGGAGAUAGAGAACGAGGGGAUAGAGGAGAUAGAGAAAAGGUUUCAGACCGCUGGAAGGACAAACAUGUGGACCGCCCACCCCCAGAGGAGCCAUCAGUGGGAGACAUCUACAAUGGCAAAGUCACCAGCAUCAUGCAGUUUGGCUGUUUUGUUCAGCUAGAGGGGUUGAGGAAACGUUGGGAAGGGUUGGUUCACAUCUCUGAACUUAGGAGAGAGGGCAGAGUGGCAAAUGUGGCAGACGUGGUCAGCAAAGGUCAAAGGGUCAAAGUCAAGGUGUUGUCCUUUACAGGCUCUAAGACCAGUCUCAGCAUGAAGGAUGUUGACCAAGACACGGGUGAGGACUUGAACCCCAACAGGAGAAGGAAUGUUGGGGGAGAGGGUCAGGAAGAAUCAGCCAUGAGGAACCCAGACAGACCCACCAACCUUAAUCUGGGUCAUGCUCCUGAGGUGGAGGAUGACACACUAGAACGCAAGAGACUCACCAAGAUCUCUGAUCCUGAGAAAUGGGAGAUCAAACAAAUGAUUGCUGCUAAUGUCCUCUCAAAAGAAGAGUUCCCAGACUUUGAUGAGGAAACUGGGAUCCUGCCUAAAGUUGAUGAUGAAGAAGAUGAGGACCUUGAAAUUGAACUGGUGGAAGAAGAACCGCCUUUCCUGCGUGGGCACACCAAACAGAGCAUGGAUAUGAGUCCUGUGAAAAUUGUGAAGAACCCUGAUGGCUCACUGUCUCAGGCAGCCAUGAUGCAGAGUGCUCUGGCUAAAGAGCGAAGGGAAGUGAAGCAGGCACAGCGGGAAGCUGAGAUGGACUCCAUCCCCAUGGGCCUCAACAAACACUGGGUCGACCCUCUGCCUGACACGGAUGGAAGGCAGAUUGCCGCCAACAUGAGGGGCAUCGGCAUGAUGCCCAAUGACAUCCCUGAGUGGAAGAAACAUGCUUUCGGCGGCAAUAAGGCCUCAUAUGGAAAGAAGACACAGCUGUCCAUCAUUGAGCAGAGAGAGAGUCUGCCCAUCUACAAGCUUAAAGAGCAACUCAUUCAGGCUGUUCAUGAUAACCAGAUUCUGAUUGUGAUUGGAGAGACGGGCUCUGGGAAAACCACUCAAAUCACUCAGUACCUAGCUGAGGCCGGAUACACAACACGUGGGAAGAUAGGGUGCACACAACCCAGAAGAGUGGCUGCCAUGUCUGUGGCUAAGAGAGUGUCUGAAGAGUAUGGGUGUUGUUUGGGACAGGAGGUUGGUUAUACCAUCCGUUUUGAGGAUUGUACGAGUCCGGAGACUGUCAUCAAGUACAUGACGGACGGUAUGCUGCUGAGAGAGUGCCUGAUUGACCCUGAUUUGGGCCAGUAUGCCAUCAUUAUGUUGGACGAGGCUCACGAGAGAACCAUCCACACUGAUGUACUCUUCGGCUUACUUAAAAAGACAGUACAGAAGCGCACAGACAUGAAGCUCAUUGUGACAUCUGCUACACUGGAUGCUGUGAAGUUCUCACAGUAUUUCUAUGAAGCCCCCAUUUUCACCAUCCCUGGUCGUACCUACCCUGUAGAAGUUCUAUACACUAAAGAACCUGAGACAGACUACCUGGAUGCCAGUUUAAUAACGGUCAUGCAGAUCCACCUCACAGAGCCUCCAGGCGACAUUCUGGUGUUCUUGACGGGUCAGGAAGAAAUCGACACGGCGUGCGAGAUCCUUUACGAGCGAAUGAAAUCACUCGGACCUGACGUUCCUGAGUUGAUCAUUCUGCCUGUGUACUCUGCCUUGCCCAGCGAGAUGCAGACCAGGAUCUUUGACCCAGCUCCACCUGGAAGCAGAAAGGUGGUCAUUGCUACAAACAUUGCUGAGACUUCACUGACCAUUGAUGGGAUCUACUAUGUGGUGGAUCCAGGUUUUGUCAAGCAGAAAGUGUACAACUCCAAAACAGGCAUUGACCAGCUAGUGGUGACUCCAAUCUCUCAGGCCCAAGCUAAGCAACGAGCAGGCAGAGCUGGUAGGACUGGACCUGGGAAGUGCUACAGACUGUAUACAGAACGUGCGUACAGAGACGAGAUGCUCACCACCAACGUACCUGAGAUCCAGAGAACUAACUUGGCCAGCACUGUGCUUUCUCUCAAGGCUAUGGGCAUCAAUGAUCUGCUAUCAUUUGACUUCAUGGACGCCCCUCCUAUGGAGACUUUAAUCACAGCUAUGGAACAGCUGUAUACGCUAGGAGCUCUGGAUGAUGAGGGACUGCUCACUCGUCUUGGACGCAGGAUGGCUGAGUUCCCUCUGGAGCCCAUGUUGUGUAAGAUGCUCAUCAUGUCUGUCCACCUGGGCUGCAGUGAAGAGAUGCUGACCAUCGUGUCCAUGCUCUCUGUGCAGAACGUUUUCUACAGGCCGAAGGACAAACAGGCCCUGGCUGACCAGAAGAAGGCCAAGUUCCACCAGCCUGAGGGAGACCACCUGACCCUCCUGGCUGUGUACAACUCUUGGAAGAACAACAAGUUCUCUAAUCCUUGGUGCUAUGAAAACUUUAUUCAGGCACGGUCUUUGCGGCGUGCACAGGAUAUCCGUAAACAGAUGCUGGGCAUCAUGGACCGACACAAAUUGGACGUAUUCUCUUGUGGCAAGGCCACAGUUCGAGUACAGAAGGCAAUCUGCAGUGGUUUCUUCCGUAACGCUGCCAAGAAAGACCCUCAAGAAGGUUACAGAACCCUCAUUGACCAGCAGGUGGUUUACAUCCACCCUUCCAGUGCUCUGUUUAACCGCCAGCCUGAGUGGGUGGUGUACCAUGAAUUAGUCUUGACCACCAAAGAGUAUAUGAGGGAGGUGACCACCAUUGACCCCCGCUGGCUGGUGGAGUUUGCUCCAGCCUUCUUUAAAGUGUCUGAUCCGACUCGCCUCAGCAAACAGAAGAAACAGCAGCGCCUGGAGCCUCUGUACAACCGUUACGAGGAGCCCAACGCAUGGCGAAUCUCCAGAGCUUUCCGCAGGCGGUAGAACACUCCUACAAGAUCUCUAUAGACUGCCUUUGUCCAGUACUGCUGUUAAGGGGUAGAUCCACACCUACCUACACAGUGAAAACAGGCUGGAUUGCUCCAACACGAAUGUUAAAGAUUUGGACCCUUUCACCAUCAUUUUUUCCCUUUAACUAUUUAUCGAUUUAAGGGAAACUUCUCAGUUUAAAGAAAACUUUAGAUUUUGAAUAAACCAACUUACGACAUGUUGUAAAUUAUUGUAAAAUGUUUCAGAUUAAACUUUUUUUAAAGGUCUUUAUGUGUAAAAGCAUGUAGAUUUAAUCUGAAUCUUUAGAUCUGAAUUUCAAAUACCUCCUUACUCCCUAUAUAGUGAACGCAAGUCAUAAAACAACAACAUUUAUAAGCAGAUAGCACUAGAUUUCAGAUAUCAACAUGUAAAUACUGUUCCAUUACAAAUAUAGAAUGCUCUGUUUAGAUUGAGAAUCCAUAAUUUUGUUCCUUGCAUCGCACGCUACAGAGAUUACAGUGUAAUUUGGGAUUGGACCCCUUUCCAGCUUCUUGGUGGUUUUAAGGUCUCACUGAGGUACUAUUGAGGUACUAUUGAGAUACGUUAGAGGUACAGAUGGCCCAUACAUUGCUAGCAUGCUCAUGAAAGUGUUUCCAUCUAUGUGAGGUUUUUAAAAAUAUUUGGAUAUGUGUAAUUGUAACCUCCUUACUGAUUUGAAGUAGGCGUGUCAGAGCAGGGCAACCACAGAUGUUCAGGGCAGUGUGUCUGCUGUAAUACAGGGGUCCUAGAGUAUAUCUGGCCAAGCAGCUCUUAUGCAAAAAUCAGUUUAUUUUCUGUUGCAUAACAGAUCCUCCAAGACUGCCUGAAGUGCUGGCAGGGAAGGAGGUCAUGAUCGAUCCAGUUCUUACUGUUAGUUCUUCUGUUUUCCUGUCUGGAACCGUCCUUAUUUAGGAUUUACUGUCAUUUAUGGACCAUGACUCAACACAGGAUCAACAUGCACAACCCAGACCAGCUUUUAUUGUAAUCGCGUUUCACGGCAGGAAAUGAUUGGGAAUUGAAAUGUGCAGAAGUUUUUUCUAUUGUUAACCCCUCAGUUGUGUUUUAUUAUCUGGGAUCAUUUCCGUUCUGUGUUUAUAAUAAACUUUCCCACUUAAAAAGG